AUGUUGAAGGGGCUUUUAAACUUUAUUUAUGUCCAAUAUAUAAUAUUAAUAUGAGAAGCUUCACAGCAAUUGGCCUUAAUUGCAGAUUUGCACCGUCUUGGGGAGUUUUUGAAGAGCAAGGAAAAAGAAAUUGAAGAAAAGAAUCGGGAAAUCGAAGAACUCUACCAACAUAUUAAAGAAAAGGAUCAAAUAAUUCAAGAACUCUACCAAAAUAUAAAUCAAAAAAAUGAGAGUAUUGAAUACCUUUAA